GAAUCCUUUUUUGUUUGUUUUUUGCCGUGAUGCCAGCCAUUUUGGCUGGACGGGCAUGAGGAUGCAAUGAGGUGCAUCCCGACGCCGGCUCGGCAGGGCCUGAGUUUCCUGGAUACCGGUGCCAUCCAUGAACUCCUGCAGCGCUUGCCAGAGCAUCUGACGCAGGAGGCCCUUGCUGACUUGCGGCGACGCCUGCAACCCGAAGUCUUGGCGUGGUGCCAACAUUGGGACACAGAUGAUGGAGCUCUGGAGCCUGAGGAGCCUUUGAGCAGCGAUGAGGAGCUGACAGACGAGCCGAAGAAGCAGAAGCGAGUUCGGCUAGCCCCUCCCGUGCCCGAAGACGGAUACCCCAGCCAUCUUUGGGGCACCGGCUGGCGCCAAGGGAUGCCAGGCUUCAAUGAGCACGCGCGGCUGGUGCUGAGCAAGCUGAGAGAGAUGAAGUGGAAGCCGCCGACCCAGGGGGAGGUGGAAUUGCUGCAGCAGCAAUGGGUGGUGGCGUCUCUCAUGCACCCGGCCUCACCGGUGCAAAGGUUGCUCUGCGACCACAACACGGGGUCGGGGAAAACCCUGUGCAUGAUCCGGAUCAUGGACAACUUUUUUUUCGACCCACGUGCGAAGCUCGCGAUAUUUCCGAAGGACUUUGUUUCGGGAACUUCGCUCCAUCUUUCACAAUAGCCUGCGUGAGGUUUGCAACUUGCAUUUCCUGGCUUUUGGGGUAGCGACUCGCAAGUAAGCAGCAUGAGUAGAGGCCUUCAAGAAAAACCGAAUGCUAGCGGCCAGGGAGGCAUGGGCCCACUUGUAGCUUGCCAAGUUUGCGAACGUAGAGCACGCGGUUCCGCAGCAAAACCCCCGAAGGACUCGGUUGUAGACAACUUUUACUCGGCCCUGUGGGAGUGGCCCAGCCGUUGGCGGGACUACUGCUGCCACCUGGCGCCAGCGGCUGCGGCGCUCGCCUGCGGCGGAGAUUGGCGGCGCGCGCGGCACGCCCGGUGGCACUUGGCCGGGUCCCAGGCGUUGCUCCAGCGAGCGGCGGUUGAGAAGUGGGGCCUGCAGAAGGCCAUCAAGGAGCUGUGCGUCAAGCCGAUGCGCGAAGCCUGCGAAAUGAAACGGGCUUUCUAUGGUGGGAAAGCCCGCGAGUCCUUCAUCGCCAGUUUCUGGCAGGGAGCUGACGGGGAUGACGUGCACCCUCCCGCAGCGCCCUUGCGAGCUUAUCGGUUCACUUCCGCUGGGGGGCAAGCGGCCGAGGUGGUCGAUGGCGUGCCAAGGGGCUGCAUCUUCAAAGUGGGUUUUGAUGAAGGCAGUGGAAACCCCUACUCCGGCAAGGUGGUGAUUAUGGACGAAGGCCACCAUCUCACGCGACCGAACAUGAUUUACCAGCAGCAGCUAGAUAGGCUCAGGGAGUAUGUGGAAAGUGCGACUGGCUCAGUGUUUGUGAGCUGCACUGGAUCUAUGGAGGCAGAUUCGGCGUCCGACCCACGCAUGCUGCUUGAUGCAGUGAAGGGCCAGCUCAAUCGCCAGUGCUCAGAUGAAGGUUUCCUCUCAUCCCACCACAAGCGCGGCCCAAGCUUCCCUCAUCAGUCUCCAGCACCUUGCGCGGAGGGUGUGUAUUCAGACCAAGUGCAGCGCCAGGUGACCACCUAUGUGGAGCUCAAGGGCGUGUCGUUGGUUCGAUAUGUGUAUCAGGCCAUGAAGCUCCAAAGGGAAGGCAAGCCGAAGGACACGCUGGCGAAUUACACCAACAUUUACGUGUAUGCCGGCUCUUCAAGCCAACCCAGUUGCCAGCAAACUCUCCUAUACAACCCCGAUUCCAGGCCGAAAUUCGCGCCGGCAAUGCGCACGGUGAUAGAGGCUGCAAAGAAGAGGCAGAAAAGUCUAGUCAUGAUUGGCAGGAAGACUGGCUACAAGGCUUUGCUUGCAUUGAUGCAUCAUGAAGCUGAUCAACAUGGCUUCGGCGUUGCAGAGUAUGAGCAAAUGGCUCAGUUCAACCAGCGGAGCAACCUGCAGGGGCAGCACUUUAUGGUGAUGGUUUUGGAGGCAGAAAAGGGGGGCGAGGGCAUCGAAUUUCUGGCUGUUCGCCAUGCCAUCUUCCUGGAUGUGCCCUGGCGGCUCGCAGACUACAAGCAGCGCUGCGGGCGGGUUGUUCGAUGCGGCAGUCACAACGGCCUGUCGGAGUCGGAACGCACCGUUCGCUUCAGCUUCCUCGCCGCAAGGUUCCCAGAGUUUGCUCGAAAGGACCUGGGGGCCUUUGCUCUCUUCGCCUUUUGCGGCCAGUGGGGUGGACCGAAGACGAUCCGGUACACUUCCGAGCCCCCGCCAGAGGACAUCAUCAGUGCCAGCCAGGAAUUCGUCCGGCGGUGUGCUAUGAGAGGCAUUCAAAAUUUGCGGGUGCUAGCUGAGGCCGAUCACCUUAGUGAGGACGAUUUAGUGGAUGAAGGCAUUUCUCAGAAGUUGCGCUCACGUUUGGAGGUGGCCUUGGAUGAGCUGCGUGAGGAUGCCCAAAGUGUGCGGGGCGUUAUUGCAACUGAUACCUUUGAUGAGGAACACAUGGAUAAGCUGAAAAUGCAGUUCUGCAACGUGGCACCUGCAUUGGCGAAGAUCCGUGGUGGCGCGUUGGAUGUUGGCUUUUACUAAGGGGAGCAAUGACUCUUGCGGGGUAACAGGAGGUCAGUGCAAACAACAUGCUACGCCGAACACGGAUUUGCAACGAACACGUGGAAGAGGGGA